AUGUGUGAAAGAUUGGCUUGUUUAACAGUAGCAGGAAAUUCCACCAGGGACCUUGGAGGAGGAGUGGAACUUGAAUGCCCUCUCAUCAAAGAAAGACUCUCAUUAUUUACUCCUGCUGCUAUUGCUGCUGGUGUGGGCUGUACUCAGAAUGUGCAGAUAUUGCUGGGACUCCUCCUUAUGGAUAUUGCCAGGAUUUUGAAUUGUGCAAUAUUUGGCCAUGAAAGUGAGUUAUCCCAUACCCUGCCAAAAUCAGCAAUGAGAGCAGCAAUGCUUGUGAGGGUCAACACCUUUCUUCAAGGGUUGUUGUUCCCAAAGAUAGCGAACGAGAAGUGCAUUUUAGAAUGUGAUUGGCUAGAACUUGAGAAGAGGAUUAGGGAGCGAGCAGAAAGGGAGUUGCUGCAAGCUACUGGUUAG